UUAACUUUCAACUAGUCUUAAGUCACUUUUGAUGUUUUAUGCUGUACGUUUAUGUUACCUGGCUUAAGUUCGAAUUUGGCGCUCUGUGCCGCUGCAUUUGCUUAUGUGUUAAAUGUGUUUACGUUUACGUUUGCACCUUUCUCUUUCAGAAAAAUUCUGCUUUCAGUGCAAGAGUGUUGUGGCAGUGGCAAGAGGCCAGCACCAGUACUUUCAGUGCACGUCAACACCACACGGAAUUCCAGCACAUCGAAUUCGCAGAAGAAGAGCUGCUUAAUUUAAGUCUGUGGAAGACCCUUCGCGAGUUAAGUCGAAGUGCGCACAAUAGUAGUACAUCCGGAUGUCCGAAAGAGAUUAGCAACGAAUUUUGGAGCUGCAGAUGGAACGUAUGUUGCGCUAGCGGCUGGAACCGACGAAAAUACAGCGAAGAAGACGAAGAAAUCAUGGCUACCACAGAACAAUUCUCCCUUCGAUGGAACAACUUUCACUCAAACAUUGCAUCAGGUUUCCAUGACUUACUCGAAGCAGCUGACUUGGUGGAUGUGACUUUGGCUGUUGAGGGUCAAUUCCUGCAUGCACACAAACUGGUGCUGUCUAUAUGCAGUCCAUAUUUCAAGGAGAUGUUCAAGCAGAACCCAUGCAAGCAUCCAAUCAUUAUAUUGAAGGAUGUAACACAUAAAAAUCUCAAAGAUAUUCUUGAGUUCAUGUAUUUGGGGGAAGUGAAUGUCUUGAGGGAGAAUCUGCCAGUUUUCCUAAGGACUGCAGAGCUUCUGCAAGUAAAAGGACUCAGUUGUGAUGAUACUCAAAGUAAUAGUUCAAAGUCAUCUGGUAGCAAUAGCAAUAGCAACAUUAAGAUGGAGGAUGAUCAAAGUGAUUUGCACGAAGCAUACGACGAUUACGAAGAGAAUAUUGUGCAAAUGCCGGUAACCAACAGCAGUCCGAACAAACGCUCAAAGCAUGUGCAGAACUCGAACGCGAAGAAGGUGCGCAACGCCGUGGAGGAGCUAAGUAAUCUAAACCAAAAACAGGCGGCCAAAGAUGACACAGACGAACCGCGCUAUUCCGAGUCGCCUGUAGCCAGGAGCAACGACUACGAAGGCGACGAUUUGUCCAUGGAGUUUAAGCAGAAUAAUGACUCAGGUGUUGGAUUCAUGAACAACUCAAACAAUAGUGAGAUUGCUGGACAAGAACAAGACAUAAUUACCUUCACCGUAGACGAAAAAGGCCACGUCUACUGCCCGUAUUGCUACAAGAAGUUCGUGAAUCGCUACAAUCUGAAGGUGCACAUUCGCGAUAAGCACGAUUCGAGCGCAUCUAAUUUAGACUGCGUCAUCUGCAAGAAAACGAUGCGCAACAAGAGUUGCCUACGGGUACACAUGUACCACCAUCGCAAGCAACAGGAGCAGCUCAACACGAAUAAUAAAAAUAGUCAGUUAAAUGACAGGUAAAAACAAAAACAAAGAAUGAACAAAAUCGAUUUUCGAUGGAUUCACAUCCGCGAAUACACGUCCUGAACAGGUAAAGCCGUCCCAACUUUAGCCAACAAAUAUCUCUUUAUAGUCUCUUAUUUUUCUGUCAUGACAUUUUUGUGUUGUAUUUAUUUAUGUUAUACACUGUUUUCUAAUGUUAUUUGUAUUGUACUUAACUUAGCGCAAAGAUUUGCUGCAAAUGGAUAGUUCUAAGUCAUUAUUUAAUCAGACUAUCCCUAAAGGUUAGCUAGAUGUUAGUUUAAUUGGUAUUAAUGUCAAACAUUUCGUUCUCUCUCUGAAGCAAUAUUUAAAAAAAAAAAUGGUAUUAGGUUAAUAUUACAACGAAUUUUUAAGAAUUUAUGAACAAAUAUUAAGCGAUUAACGUCUACGGGGAUUCAAGUAUCAAAUAUCAAAUAUAGUUUUAGGCUGUGGUAACAAAGCAACGAAUAAAAGUGAUUUUAAAUGUGUAAUCGUCGUGUGGCAGUAUUAACAAGAUGUAUUUUUGUAUUUAUAUGCGUUAUGACGAGAUGGAUUCUUGGUAAUGGUUUAUUUUCUUUCUUAUUUUAUUAUUUUUACCAUCAAAGCUAAAUUAUAUAAUAUAUUUUCAUGUUGUUUAAUUUAUUCGCAAGUUAUCGAAUGUAUUUAUGGUUACUUAAUGAAUAAUUUUCAAGAUGUGUACUUGUAACUUAUUAUUUCUGGGUGUAAUUGUUAUUUUUAUUAUUAAUUAAAAUAUUUUCAUGA